AUGGCAGACCUCUCUGUGGAGUGUAGCUCCUGCCUUGAAGCUACACCAUUGAAAACAUCAGAUACAAUAACAAAGAAAGGGCAAUCUUUUGACGUAAAUCGUCGUGCAGUCUAUCAUUCUCUGGAGACAGGAGGUGGCUAUGAAGGGCUAGUAACCUUUUGCAGCAUCAUGAACAUGCCAUGUCUAUCACUACCUGCUUAUUACAGACAAGUAGACACAAUACUUGAGGCUUUAGAAGCUGAAGCCAAAGAUGAAAUGACACAGGCAGGGAUAAGAGUUCGCGAGUACAUCCUGAAGGAAAGUGGAGAUGAAGUCAAUGAUGAUGUAGUCGAUGCAGCCGUUUCGUUUGAUGGUACAUGGGCGAAAAGGGGGUUUACCUCUCUGACUGGAGUUGUUUUUGUUAUAUCUGUAGACACUGGAGAGGUUCUUGACUAUCAUGUCCUUUCAAAAGAAUGCCGGAAAUGUACCAUGAAAAGGUCUCAGUGUCAAACUGACGAGGAGUUCAAGCAUGGCAGAUUGAGCAUCUUGCUUCCAAUGAGUGUGACAUUAAUUUUAAUGGAAGCUCACCUGCAAUGGAAGCUGAGGGUGCCAUAGUUGUUUGGAGUAGAUCUGUGGAACUGCAUAAAAUAAGGUAUAAAUGGAUGGUUUCUGACGGAGACAGUAAGGCAUUCAAUACUGUGGAGAAUAUAUAUGGCGAUGACUGCAAGGUGGAAAAACUGGAUUGUGUUGGGCACGUGCAAAACGCAUGGGCAAGCACCUACUUAAUCUUAAAGCAAGAACCAAAGGUAAACUUGCAGAUGGCAAACCCAUUGGAGGACGGGGCCGACUGACUGAGAGCCGCAUUAAACGCCUUCAGAAGUACUAUGGUCUAGCCAUUAGACAAAACACCCUAACUAAAGCAAACCUAACAGAAAGAGAGGUUGAUGUUGUUGUUUACACCAUGAAGAAAAAUAUCAUUGCCAUCCUCCAUCACAGUGUCCAGUCACAAGAUGCUGCUAAACAACAUCGCUUCUGCCCUGUUGGUGAGGAUUCCUGGUGUAAAUGGCAACAAGAUUGUGCUACUGGAACAAAUACUUAUGAAGCAGGUGACUGUUUGCCUGAAGUGUUCUUUGAACUGCUGAAGCCAACAUUCAUCACACUUAGUGAAACUAAGCUGCUUCAAAGGUGUGUGCGUGGCGCCACCCAAAAUCGCAAUGAAUGCAUCAACGGACUGGUGUGGGCACGCUGCCCAAAACACAAGCAUCAUGGUGCCAAGGUGAUUAGAUGUGCAGUUGCUUCUACUGUGUGCCAUUUUCAUAGUGGAGCUGCCAGCAGAGCAAGAAUAAUGCAGAGACUGGUAAUUCCAGCAGGGGAGUACACUCAGAAGGCCUCAGAAGAAAAGGACAAGAGGCGGUUGAGAAAAUCGGACCUUCAGACCUCUGCUAAAGAAAAGAAGCGCCGGCAAGGAGAGCAAAUGAGGCGCACACGCAGAGAAGAUGCCCUACGGGAGGCUGAUGGUGAUACCUAUGAACCUGGAGGCUUCUAA